CUCCUGAGCCGCCUCCCGCCCCCUCCCUGGUUGUCCCCUCGCGCUCUGCGCAGCAGAAACAUGGCGGCGGGAAGAGAGUGAGCCGCCGGCGCCCCGCGCAGCUGCUGCCCUCAGAUCUAGUGGCUGGGAAUUCAAGAUCAACAUGCUGAUGGAAUUGGCAGUGAACUUUCUGUCUUCUGGAGUGCAGUCUUUACAGAUGGAGAAAUUAACAUACAGAGAAACUGAUUUGUCAGAGGUUGGAACAAGUUGUUAGUGGAUCCAGGAAUAAAUCCCAAACCUCUUAACUCCUUAACCAGUUCUUAGUCCAUUGACUAUGCAUCCUAGUGUGGUAGACUGGAAUGAAGUUAGAAAACACAAAUAUGGCCACCUGUCAGAGUGUACAUGCCAAUAUCAAGAAACUGCUGACUUCCUGGAGCUAGGUCAUUUUACCUGGGACAAAUACCUAAAAGAAACAUGUUCAGUCCCAGCGCCUGUCCAUUGCUUCAAGCAGUCAUAUACACCUCCAAGCAACGAGUUCAAAAUCAGCAUGAAACUGGAAGCACAGGACCCCAGAAACACCACAUCCACCUGUAUUGCCACAGUAGUUGGACUAACAGGUGCUCGCCUCCGCCUGCGACUUGAUGGCAGUGACAACAAGAAUGACUUCUGGCGGCUGGUUGACUCAGCUGAGAUUCAGCCUAUUGGAAACUGUGAGAAGAAUGGUGGUAUGCUGCAGCCUCCACUGGGAUUUCGGCUGAAUGCCUCUUCUUGGCCUAUGUUCCUUUUGAAGACAUUAAAUGGUGCAGAGAUGGCGCCCAUCAGGAUUUUCCACAAGGAGCCUCCAUCACCUUCCCACAACUUCUUCAAAAUGGGAAUGAAGCUAGAAGCAGUGGACAGGAAGAACCCACAUUUCAUUUGCCCUGCCACUAUUGGGGAUGUCCGGGGCUCAGAGGUGCUUGUCACUUUUGAUGGAUGGCGAGGAGCCUUUGACUACUGGUGCCGCUUUGACUCUCGAGACAUAUUUCCUGUGGGCUGGUGUUCUUUGACUGGAGACAACCUGCAACCGCCUGGUACCAAAGUUGUGAUUCCAAAGAAUCCCUAUCCAGCAUCUGAAGUGAACUCUGAGAAGCCCAGCAUCCACAGCAGCAAAACUAUCUUGGAGCAUCAACCAGGGCAGAAGGGACGUAAACCAGGAAAGAAGAGGGGCCGAACACCUAAGACCCUUAUUGCCCAUACCAUCUCUACCCAAUCCAAGUCAACUGAACCUUUGAAAUUCCCAAAGAAGAGGGGCCCCAAACCUGGCAGUAAGAGGAAACCUCGGACUUUGCUGAGCCCACCACCCACUUCACCAACAACCAGCACCCCUGAACCGGAUACCAGCACUGUCCCCCAAGAUGCUGCUACCAUCCCCAGCUCAGCCAUGCAGGCCCCCACAGUUUGUGUCUACUUGAACAAGAACGGCAGCACAGGCCCCCACUUAGAUAAGAAGAAGGUCCAGCAACUCCCUGACCAUUUUGGGCCAGCCCGUGCCUCAGUAGUAUUGCAGCAGGCUGUGCAGGCUUGCAUCGACUGUGCUUACCACCAGAAAACUGUCUUCAGCUUCCUCAAACAGGGCCAUGGCGGCGAGGUCAUCUCAGCCGUGUUUGACCGAGAACAGCAUACUCUCAACCUCCCAGCAGUCAACAGCGUCACCUACGUCCUCCGCUUCCUGGAGAAGCUCUGCCACAAUCUUCGGAGUGACAAUCUGUUUGGCAACCAGCCUUUUACGCAGACUCACUUAUCUCUCGCUGCCACAGAGUACAGCCACAGCCACGACAGGUACCUACCAGGUGAAACCUUUGACCUGAGGAAUAGUCUGGCACGAUCCUUGGAGCCACACUCAGACUCAAUGGAUUCUACUCUGAAUCCCACCAACCUUAUCCGUACCUCCUCAAAUCUUCGAGCACCUGGGUAUGGACCCUUAAUUCCCUCCUGUGGCCUCCCACCAAGUACCACCUCAGCUGUGCGCAGGCUAUGUUCCAGGGGAGUGUUAAAAGGCUCAAAUGAAAGAAGGGAUGUGGAAUCGUUUUGGAAAUUAAGUCAUUCCCCAGGCUCCGGCCGAUACCUGGAAAGCCGAGACACUUCCCGACUGAGUGACCAGGACCCUUCCUUGUGGACAGUGGAGGACGUGAUGCAGUUUGUCCGGGAAGCUGACCCUCAGCUUGGACCUCAUGCUGAGCUCUUUCGAAAACACGAGAUCGAUGGCAAAGCCCUUCUCCUGCUGCGCAGUGACAUGAUGAUGAAGUACAUGGGCCUGAAGCUGGGACCUGCUCUCAAGCUCUCCUUCCACAUUGACCGGCUGAAGCAGGGCAAGUUCUGAACAGGAGCCAUACCUAGACAACUGAUCAGUUGGGCAAAAGAGGCAUUCUUUCCAGAAAGGAGGCUACCAGCCUACUUCUAGGUGCCUAGGUGGGGUUCUGGGUCACCUUAGGACUUGAUGAGGCUGGGGAGCCACCACUGCUACCCAUUCCUGCCACGAUACCUCCUUCCAUGAAGGAUGGGGGAUGGGAAAGUAUGGGCACAGGGCCAGAGCUGCUCUUCCUCAGCCCUCCAUGGCACCCAGGUCCCCUCUACUUAUUUCUCAAUCCUGGCCAACUUUCACUAGGAGUAUAGACUGAGCAUUUUGUAAGUGAUGGAGAUAAAGGCCAACCCUGGGGCCUUAGAAGGCCCUCAUAUCUGGGCCCCUCACCACUUCCUGGGCUUAGUAUGACAUCCUAUGGCCCCAGUUCCUGCCUUCUCACCAGAUCCACAGACUCCAAAUUCAUGGUGCAAACCUCUACCUUUUUUAAAAAAGAUGUUUUCUUAUUGCUAAUUUAUUAUUCUGGCACUUAGGCAACCCCUCUGGUUAUUGCUUAUCUUGCACCAGACACUGAAUUUGGAGAAGAGGAUGCCCCCUGCCUUGGCUUCAGAGAGGUCCUCUCCAGUAUCUGAGGCCCCUUUUCAGAGAACACUGCACUAGGGUAUAGUUUCCUUGGAGCUGUUUGCUGUGUUUGGGAGUCUUAUAUCCCCACUACCACUAGGCCCUUUGUAGCCCCAGGCCCAUCUGUGAGAUGGGAGUUCCACACUGUCUCCUUGCCCCUUACCAGAAUUGCUGCCAAUGGACCUAAUGCCUCUAGGCCAAGAAGGCCCUGGGGUAGAAGAAGGGAGGGCCUCCAGCCUGGAGUAGUUCUGCCCUUCCACUCACUCUCCUGUGCUUCCUUGUAAGCAAAGUAGCAGCACUGCUGCUCCCGCUGCCAUCUGGACUAUUUUAUGUCUAUUUGUUUAUAAAUAAAAACCAAUAUAGAUGCCGGUGUCUUUU